UAGUUACAAUGGCGCUUAGGGUUAAUUGUUCAUAAAAUUUUUCUUUGGCGCGCAUUCAUCGAGCUGUAAAAAGACGAUAAAAUCUAUUUUUAAGGAACGGUUGAAAGUCAUGGUUUGGGUCGACCGAAAUUUCGGUCACACAGAAAUGAUUUCGUGUGCUGCUUACGCGCAACGAAAUGUCUGCGAUUAUGAGUUAUUCCGUGUCAUUGUUUUAUCUCAGUUCGCUCUAUUUGGUAUGCGACGGUGUAAGCGAAUCUUUGCGGAAAAUGCCCGUGAUUGAGGCCAAUGUCACCAGUGACGAUGUGACGGAAACACAGCACACAACUUGCAAAAUUGCAACGGAAGAUGUGGUCGCAAACGCGCGUGCCACUGUUACAACAGUACUCACCGGAGGUUGUAAAGCUAAAACAAUGGACGAAAAAUUUGCGAAUCUAGAAGAAAAGUUGAUCAAGGAAUUUGCGGAUAUUAAAUGGUUACUUUACAACAUUUUGGAACAGCAGUCAGAUCAUUUGAAGAAUGUACAAAAUGCUAAUCUUUACGAUGAAAUAUCCAAUAAUCAGUUGUCUCCGAGGCAAGGUGAAAUCGACAAAUUUAACAACACCGUGCAGAACUUAUCAACGUCGAGCGCUGAAGAUUCGGCGCGUGCGUUUGUUUAUUAUUGGCGAGUGAAAAAUUUCGACGAGAUGCUGGCCAGCUGGCAAACCGGCCGUUCAAUGCGCAGCGUGACCUUUCAUGCGGGUCGAAGCGGUUAUGCCAUGUAUCUAAGAAUUACACCGAAAUAUUUUCCUGACGGUACAGUCUUCGUGGGGGUCGGAUUAAGCCGCGGCCGUUAUGACUCCAUUCUUGCGUGGCCAUUUCCGCAUAGGAUCCGCCUCGAGUUUCUGGAUCAAUCUCUGGAAGAGGUGCGCGUGGAUCGACGAUCUCGAAUUUGGGAUCCGGCUACACUUUGCACGGAUAAUUUCUGGAAUAAACCCGUAGCAGAGACGGACAAUCCGGAAUGCGUCGGACUGAGUAUUCCCAGACGUGUUGUUUUAUCAAAAUCACCAUCAGCUACAUUUCAGAGAUAUUCAAGGAAUACCAGGUAUAUGUGGAAUGGAGGUAUAUUAAUAAAACUUAUUAUUUAUUUAUAGAUUAUUUGUAGAUUAUAUGUAUAUGAGAGGGUGAAAGCCAUAGUGGUGUAAGUUAAAUUUUUUUUUAAAUUAACUGAGUGAAUAGAUUUGUACAAAGUAUAAAUUGCAUUUAUGCACUCAGAAUCAAUUUAAAAAAAAAAACUUGACUUAUAUUACUAUACUUUCACUCCCACAUGUAUACAUAUAUAUUAGAUGGCUAUCAGAAUACGUUAUUUAUUAUGCAAUACUUUUACCAUUGUUGAUAAAUAAAAUACAUAUAUAUUAUAAUUUGAGGAAAAAAAUUGAAAGAAUGAAAUGAUUAAUCAGUUAAUAUUUUGGAUAUUAUUUAACUAGAUAUAACAGGUUUUAUAGAAUUUAUUGAACAAACCAGGUUUAAUUCAAUAAUCAU